UUCGGAUCCCAUUUCGCUGCCGCCCCCGCGUGCCGACGAGAUGCAGCGUGGGAGCGAGAUGCGGGCCGUGCACAACAGCGUCGACACCGUGAACGCGGCCGCCGCCGCCAUUGUCUCGGCCGGGAGCCGCACGCAGCCUACCGUCGAGCCGAGAAGGAAAUGGGCUGAUUGGUUGAGCGUAUACUUCUGCUUUGGGUCUCAAAAGAAUGACCGACGCAUUAGCCAUGCUGUCCUUGUCCCGGAACCUGCAUCUCAGAGGAUAGAUGCACCUGCACCAGCAAUUCCAGAUCAUCCACCUCCCCAGGUUUUCCCCUUCAUUGCUCCUCCAUCGUCACCUGCUUCUUUCCUUCAAUCAGGAUCUGCAUCUAUUGUACAAUCACCAAUGGGGCCUCCAUCAUUUUCACCUCGCUCGCCAAAUUCUCCAUCACCCACAGGGCCUCCAUCCAUCUUUGCUAUUGGGCCAUAUGCACAUGAGACACAGGUAGUCUCGCCUCCAAUCUUCUCUGCCUUCACAACUGAACCUUCAACUGCUCCAUUCACUCCCCCACCAGAGUCUGUCCACCUGACAACCCCUUCUUCGCCUGAGGUGCCAUAUGCAAAGCUUCUGACUUCAAUCAACAACAACAAGAAUGGUGAAAGGGGUGAUAUUCACUCAUACCAUAUGUACCCUGAGAGCCCAAUAGGGCGCCUCAUAUCUCCAAGUUCAGUUUGUUCUGGCACUUCCUCCCCAUUCCCUGACCCUGAGUUGCAGACUUCCUCAGGCUCCACUUUCCCCUCCUUCCCAGUUCGCGUGCCCCCAAAGAUCCUGGAUGGCGAGGGCAUUGCUACACAAAAGUUGAUACCUCGCCAUAUGCGGAAUGGUGGCUCCCUUUUGGAUGGCCAUAUUUCAGCUGCUGUACCUGUUGUGGACUUCUCUGCGCGACUUCAAAACAAUGAUCAUGCUAUGGAUCACCGGGUCUCGUUUGAGUUAACAGUUGAAGAUGUCGCCCGCUGCCUGGAGAAGAAAACUGCAAUUUCAGGAGAAUCUGCUGCAUCAUCAUUUCACCUCUCAUCAACCAGUAAUGGUGACCGAUCCAGGGAAUCUAAUGAAACGAAGGCAGGGCUGUAUGUUGAUGAAACGUACCAUGACUUGCCUGAGAAAGCACGUCGCUCCCUGUCCCUUCGUCUGGCCAAAGAGUUCAAGUUCAGCAACACUGAUGCUCCUCAGGCGGAGGAGGCAGGAGCGCUUGGCUCUGACUGGUGGGCAAACGAGAAAGUUGCUGCGAUCACAGCAGAGCCAAGGAAGAGCUGGUCCUUCCGCCCAGUUGCGCAGCCAGGGGUCAGCUAACCUCUGCACUGACCAUAACCUUACAACAGGAAGAUAUAAGUUUUUCUUUUUCUGCUUCUUUUGCUCCUGCAACUGUAGUCACAUUCUCCAGAGGCAUUAUCAUGUUAACUGCGGAUGCCAAACGUAUGCAAAACUUUUAGUGUUAAGUCGAAGUUAGAUAGCAAUUCAGGGUCCAGCUUAAAGGUGAUCUGCAGAUUCUGGAACCCUUCUAUGUGUUGUUGUUAUUGUUGUUGUCAUUAUAAAACCGCAAAUACUUUACCGGCCUAGCAGUCUGUUGUAAUCCUCUUUAACUGACCUGCUGUUCCUGUGCUGAUGAUGUUUAUGUACAUAAUAAACUAGCUGAAAUGGUAGAACUGUUCCUUC